AUGGCUUCGGAAACCACUCCUCCCGCUCAGGUGCCCGCCGCUACCUCCGAGGAGCCCGAGACCAGUAUGGAGGCCGAAGCCCAGGAUGUCGAAGCCGGAGCCGAAGCAGCGUUAAUAAACCUUACUAUUGUCUUGCCUGAUGCCAAUGACAGUAAGAUGCAGAUUAUGGUUUCUUCUCAAGAACAGGUCCAUGAGAUCCGACAAUCAAUCAUCGAUUCUCCUUCGGCGUUUCAGUACACUUGCUUUCAUCUCGAAUUCAACGGCGAGAAGAUCAACGAUUUCAUCCCUCUUGCCGAAAUUCCUGAGCUUGGCACCACACCCGAAUUUCACAUCGUUCAAGAUCCUUAUACCGAGAAAGAAGCUCGGAUUCACUUUAUCCGAAUUCGGGAACUUAUCGGCGCCUCUGGAGACCGAUGCGACACUGCCCAGGGUCUACUUCCAGGGCUUUCCCUUUUCGAGACUGUGGCAGCUGAAGCCCAAAGUGGCGACAAGGAGUCUUCCGAGGAGUCACCUAUCCAGAACUACGACUUCCAGGCUGUGCCUUCGCUCACUGAGCUGAUCCCUCCUACUUCCGAGCCUGCUCCCAAGACAGUAAAGCAGAUCUCCUUGUCGUCGUGGAACCCUCCUCCACCUCAUCUGCGACAGCGUGGGCACCUCCUCUACCUCGUUGUGUCCACCAACGAAGGCGAGCAAUACCAGAUCACCUCCCAUGUCUCGGGCUUCUAUGUCAACAAAUCGUCCAAUGCCAAAUUUGAUCCUUUCCCUCGUCCAGCCCCUAAGGGACAGUCUGCUCACUCUCUGCUGAGCCUGAUUGAGCUUGUGUCACCCUCUUUCGUCGAGUCUUUCACGAAACUUCAAGAUCACAAUAACCAGAAGGAUCCCCUUGCCACUUUCCAAAUCACCAAUGCCAUUCCUGCUGCUCCCUGGGUGGUUCCUUCUCCCAACUCGUCUCUUUGCACACAUCUCCCUGACCCUGCACGAUCUCAAGAGACCUACCUCCUCAAUGGUGUCGAAAACACUGAUACCCUACGGGAUUGGAAUGAGGAGUUCCAAUCCGCCAAGGAGCUUCCCCGCGAGACAGUCCAAGACCGUGUCUUUCGCGAGCGACUCAUCUCCAAGCUAUUUGCCGACUACAACGAGGCUGCCACUCGAGGCGCUGUUAUGGUUGCUCGUGGCGAAAUUGCGCCCCUGAACCCCACAGAAUGCAGAGAUGCUCAGAUUUUUGUCUACAACAACAUCUUCUUCUCUUUUGGUGCCGAUGGUGUUGGCACUUUCACUUCUGAAGGUGGCGACGAGGCUGCCCGUGUUGCUACUGGAAAGGACGUUGCUGGUGUUAAACUAGUGAAUCAGCUAGACAUUGAGGGGUUAUUUACCCCCGCUACCGUUGUUGUUGAUUAUCUUGGAAGCCGAAUCGUUGGACAAAGCAUCGUUCCUGGAAUAUUCAAACAACGAGAGCCCGGCGAGAACCAGAUCGAUUAUGGCGCGGUAGACGGCAAGGACACUGUCGCCGCCGAUGAGAGAUUUGCCCCAGGCUUUGCCCAGCUUUCUAAGGCUCUCAAGGUCAAGAAGCACCCUGUUUGGGACAAGGACGGUAAGCGAUUUGACUUGGAGGCCAGUGUAGAGACCAAAGGCUUGCUCGGCACCGAUGCCCGUAAGUAUGUCCUGGACUUAUAUCGCAUCAGCCCUCUGGAUAUUGCUUGGUUGGACGAAGACGGUCUCCCUGAAGAUGGCGAUGCGUACCCUCACCGGAUGACCGUUCUCCGGCCUGAGCUUGUCGACUCCUUUUCACGUUAUCGGCUGAAGCAGUGGAUCGACAAGGAGGUUGCUCGUCGUGGAGAGCUGAAGAAGGAGAAGGAAGGGGAGAAAUCUGAAGGAGAGAAGGUCGAGGAAGACAAGAAGACUGGCGAAGGGGAGCAGACUGCGGAGAGCGAAGGCAACGAGGUUUCUAAAGAGGAUGAGAACCAACCCAACCUCGCCGAUUUCAAGUUCGCUCUCAACCCUGACGCCUUCAGUGGACAGUCGCCUCAGACCGACGAGGAGAAGGCCGAAUUUGCUGCUGACGAGGAGGAAGUUCGGGCAGCGGGUAUCUAUCUCCGCGAACAGGUUAUCCCUGAUUUGCUCAAAGAAUUGUCUGAUUCUGAGAUCAGCUUUCCCAUGGAUGGUCAGUCGUUGAGCCGUCUGUUGCAUAAACGCGGCAUCAACGUGAGGUACCUUGGCAAGGUAGCUGAGCUAUCCGGCGAUGGUCGAUUGCGAUGCCUCCGUGAGAUCUGCGUCCAAGAUAUGGUCGCUCGGGCCUUCAAGCAUAUUUCUGCUGUCUACCUCCGCCACUUGCCAGUUCCGGCAGUUCCGGCAGCUCUAUCUCACCUACUCAAUUGUUUGCUAGGACACAGGUUCAACGAUAAGCCUGUUGCUGAGCUAGACUCUGACAUCCGCAGCCUUUAUACUGAUGCCGACUGGUCAUUUACACAGGUCACACCUGAGAGUUUGCGUACGAACAUCGAGGAGCAGAUCCUUCAACGAUUCCGUUACGAACUCGACGAUGAAUGGUACAAUGUCGUUCGCCCUGUUCAGCUCCUGCGUGAGGUAUCAUUGAAGCUCGGUAUCCAGCUCCAGGCCAAAGAUUACACCUUCACUGCCGAUCCUGCCGCUGCCACUUCCACCCCGACAAAGACCGAGAAGUCUGUUGUCAAUGGCCAGACAAACGGGGAAUCUGGCGGCAGCAAGAAGAAGAGAAAAAACAAAACUCGGGAGACAUCCCCUCCCGAGGCAGCGGUCCCUGCCAAUAUCCAUACCUUCAAUCCUGACGACAUCGUUGACCUGGUUCCUUUGAUCAAGGAUUCAUGCCCUCGCAGCGCUCUCGCUGAAGAGGCUCUUGAGGCUGGCCGUAUCUCACUCAUGCAAAACCAAAAGAAGCUUGGUCAAGAGCUCCUUCUGGAAUCUCUUUCUUUGCAUGAGCAAAUCUAUGGUAUCCUGCAUCCUGAGGUGGCUCGUGUAUACAAUAGCCUGUCUAUGCUGUACUAUCAGCUCGAUGAGAAGGAGGCUGCUGUUGAUCUCGCCCGUAAGGCCAUCAUUGUCGCUGAACGGACUGUGGGUGUUGACUCGGCCGAGACCCUUCUCAACUACCUCAACCUGAGCCUGUUCCUUCAUCAGAUUGGCGACAGCAAGGGUGCUCUUGUUUACUCAAAGCAUGCUCUCAAGAUGUGGAAGGUAAUUUACGGUCCUGACCACCCAGACUCUAUAACAACACUCAACAAUGCUGCCGUGAUGCUCCAACAUCUUAAGGCUUACCACGAGUCUCGACUCUGGUUCGAAGAGUCUUUGCGCGUCUGCGAGUCUGUUUUCGGCAAGCAAUCGAUCAAUACCGCCACUCUCCUGUUCCAACUGGCGCAAGCUCUUGCUUUAGAUCGCGAGGCCAAGGCUGCAGUGACUCGUAUGCGCGAGUCUUAUAAUGUGUUCCUUGCUGAGCUCGGACCUGACGACAAGAACACGAAAGAAGCCGAGAGCUGGCUUGAACAGCUCACUCAGAACGCUGUGAACAUCGCCAAACAUGCCAAGGACGUUGCUGCUCGUCGACUCCGUACUGGCAUUCGAUUCAACACUAAUGCGUCGAACCCCGGCGUUCCUAGUGGUGUCGUCCCUGGUCACGCUGGCCCUGGCUCGCAAGUUGACUCUCGUAGCAUUGACGAGCUAAUCAAGUUCAUCGAGGGUGGUGAACAUCAGCAGUCCAAGAAGCGUACUGGCCGUGGCAACCCUAAGAGACGAGGCCAGGCUGGGGCGCGAUAA